GGUACAAUUUGCCUUGACGAAAGUUGCAACAUCAGUGACUUCCAUUGAAGGGUACUCACUACAACCACCCUUCGUAGCUCACUCCAAAUCAAUCUCAAAAGCUAUUUACCUCUUUCUUGUCAAUUUUCGAAAGCACAGCAAUGGGUUUCGCGCCAAGAGGACGUGGUGGUGACCGUGGAGGCCGCGGGGGCGGCUUCCGUGGUGGUGAUCGAGGUGGUCGCGGCGGUGGCAGAGGUGGUGGCAGCUUCCGCGGUGGUGACCGAGGCGGUCGCGGUGGUGGCAGGGGUCGUGGCGGUCCUGGUGGCCGUGGUGGACGCGGAGGUGGUCGUGGAGGUCGUGGAGGCGCAGGCGGCGGCGCUGGUGGAAAGAAGAUGAUUGUGGAACCCCAUCGUCACGGAGGUGUCUUUGUCGUCCGCGGCGGCAAGGAAGAUCUCUUGGCCACUGCCAAUCUGACCCCGGGUGAGAGCGUCUAUAACGAGAAGCGCGUUGCGAUCGAGAAUGCGAAGAGCCAGGACGGCACCACGACCAAGACCGAAUACCGUAUCUGGAACCCUUUCAGAUCGAAGCUGGCUGCUGGUAUCCUGGGUGGUCUCGAGACCAUUUACAUCAAGCCUGGCUCCAAGGCUCUCUAUCUCGGUGCUGCUUCUGGUACCUCCGUUUCCCACGUCGCCGACAUCGUCGGACCUACUGGCACCGUCUACGCCGUCGAAUUCUCCCACCGGUCUGGUCGCGACCUCAUCAAUAUGGCCACCCGCCGCACAAACGUUGUUCCCAUCGUCGAGGAUGCCAGACAACCCCUCAAGUACCGCAUGCUCGUCGACAUGGUUGAUUUCAUCUUCGCAGAUGUUGCUCAACCUGACCAAGCCAGAAUCGUCGCUCUGAAUGCUAAGCUCUUCCUGAAGCAAGGUGGUGGCAUGCUCAUCUCCAUCAAGGCGAACUGUAUCGACUCGACUGCGCCUCCUGAGCAGGUCUUUGCCCAGGAGGUCGAGAAGCUGAGAUCGGAGAAGUUCUUCCCCAAGGAGCAGCUUACCCUGGAGCCCUACGAGAGAGAUCACGCUAUGGUGUCUGCGGUCUACCGGCAGAAGGAGUUCGUGGAAUAGGCUAAUGGCGGUUCCGCGGAUGCGCGCUCUUCUUCCUUUGCGAUUUUAUGAUUCAGGAUGUUUCUUCGGUUGGAGGGCUUUUUAUAUCUCUAUUCGGCAACGGCGAAUGACGGCGUUCUAAGGGCAUCAUCAGGCUUUUCUUACGUGUGAAUACAACACGUGUGUGAU